AAAAUACAACAAUCAGAAAUUCCAAGUUAGAUAACUCUGUUGUGCUGGUCCGUUGUAGAUGGCAGCACUGUCUUACCGGAAGAUGACAAAGCACAUCAAUUAAGAAGUCAGUGUUUCCAACCCGUCUCUGUCGUAUUAAAUAUACAAUGGGUCAGAAUCAGUCAUCUGGAGCUAGUGGUCAAGGAUCAGAUAAAAAAGAUGAUAAGGAGAAGAAACGAAAGUAUGAACCUCCAGUGCCAACAAGAGUUGGUAAGAAGAAGAAAAAGCCGAAGGGUCCAGAUGCUGCUAAUAAACUUCCUCAGAUUACUCCACACACCAGAUGUCGACUAAAACUUCUCAAACUUGAACGGAUUAAGGAUUACCUUUUGAUGGAGGAGGAAUUCAUUAGGAAUCAAGAGAGAUUAAAGCCACAAGAGGAAAAGCAGGAAGAAGAAAGAAGCAAGGUUGAUGAACUAAGAGGUUCUCCAAUGUCUGUUGGUACCUUGGAAGAAAUUAUAGAUGAUAGCCAUGCCAUUGUUUCUACUUCAGUUGGUAGUGAACACUAUGUCAGUAUCCUCUCGUUUGUUGACAAGGACCAACUUGAACCCGGAUGUUCUGUUUUACUCAAUCACAAGGUCCAUGCUGUGGUUGGAGUGCUGUCAGAUGAUACUGAUCCGAUGGUUACAGUUAUGAAAUUAGAAAAAGCCCCACAGGAAACUUAUGCUGAUAUUGGUGGACUUGAUACACAAAUCCAAGAAAUCAAAGAAUCUGUGGAGUUACCAUUAACACAUCCUGAAUAUUAUGAAGAUAUGGGAAUCAAACCUCCAAAAGGUGUCAUUCUUUAUGGAGCUCCAGGAACAGGUAAAACUCUAUUGGCCAAAGCUGUAGCUAACCAGACAUCCGCAACAUUUCUCAGAGUUGUUGGUUCUGAACUGAUCCAAAAAUAUCUGGGAGAUGGCCCUAAACUUGUAAGGGAAUUAUUCAGAGUAGCUGAAGAACAUGCUCCUUCCAUUGUCUUCAUUGAUGAAAUUGAUGCUGUCGGUACCAAGAGAUAUGAAUCUAAUUCAGGUGGAGAAAGAGAAAUCCAAAGAACCAUGUUGGAACUGCUCAAUCAGUUAGAUGGCUUUGAUUCCAGAGGAGAUGUGAAAGUUAUUAUGGCUACAAAUCGUAUAGAGACCCUAGAUCCUGCAUUAAUUCGCCCUGGUCGUAUAGACAGAAAAAUUGAAUUCCCACUACCUGAUGAGAAAACCAAGAGACGUAUCUUCACUAUUCACACAAGCCGUAUGACCCUGGCUGGUGAUGUCAACAUUGACGACUAUGUGAUGGCGAAAGACGAUCUUUCAGGAGCAGAUAUCAAAGCUAUUUGUACAGAGGCUGGUUUAUUAGCAUUGAGAGAAAGGAGAAUGAAAGUCACCAAUGAAGACUUCAAGAAAGCUAAGGAAAAUGUGUUGUAUAGGAAGAAUGAAGGAACACCAGAAGGACUUUAUCUCUAACAAUAUACGCUUCUCUUUUUUUUUUUUUUCACACCUUUGUAAUUCUUCCUUUUAAUAAAUCCUAAUGUAUUGGUAGAUUUU